AUGGACAACAUGUCGAACAUCUUCCGCCUCGUCAACCUGGGCGUCGGCGGCGUCAUGGUCUUUGGCGGCAUCUCGCAGUUCUUCCCGCUCGGCCUGCAGAGCAUCAUUAUUGGGUGCUAUGUCAUCUUGUUUGGGCUCGCGACCAUGCUCCUCGAGUUCCAGACCCCGCCGCAGCUAUCGCGAUAUGCGAGCUUCCUUUUCUCGUUCCUGGGAAGGGGUAUCUUCUACAUCUUCGUCGGGAGCAUCCUCCUCCACGACCACAUCCUCCGGGAGAUUGCGGGCUCCAUCGUCGGGCUUGUCGGGGUUGCUUAUGUCGCGCUCGAAUACGUGCCCUCCAUUGAGCCACCAGAGAACAUGCGUGAUUCCCAGUGGGACGGCGAGCAGGUUUAG